GCUGGACCUUAGCAGUCCUCUCUCUCUCUCUCUCUAUAUAUAUAUAUAUAAUAGUGAAGGGGUCUGCAAAUGUACGCACAUAAUUAAUAAGCUAAGAUAAGAUGUCAUCAUCCAUAUCACAAGGUGGUGGUGUAAUAAUCGGAGCUUGCAAAGGUGUUCUACUCUUAUGCCCACUGCUUUUCUUGACUCCUAUAUUGUCGCUUCCCCGUGAUAAUGUAUCCAUUCAUCAUCUGUAACACCCCGAUCCCGCAGGACCCUAGGUAGUUACUCCAGACCUCUAGUACUGUCCCCACAAACCACCACGAGCCUUUACCGCGCACUUUGUCCUCACUCAUGCGCGCCCUGAGAAACUUCCCAGGUCGCGCAUCACGAGCCCCGGCCUGGGAUGUCCUCACCCAUCCCAAGACUACUCCCGAGCAAGCACGCUUAACUUUGGAAUUCUUAGGUAAUGAGCUCCCUUAAAAGGAGAUGCACAUCUGUUGGUAUGAGUAGUACUAUUAAUCCGUUUAUAUUAAAUCUCAAGUGUUACAAUCACCCCCACUUAGGAUCGCAACGUCCUCGCUGUGCCCUUGAACCAAUCUCAAAUCUCAAUCAAAUCCCAGAAUCUUCCCCCGCUAAGUGCCCACCCGAUAUCCAACGGGUCAUCACACUGUCGCGGGGUUUCUCUGAUACCACUUGUAACACCCCGGCCCCGCAGGACCCUAGGUAGUUACUCCAGACCUCUAGUACUGUCCCACAAAUCACCACGAGCCUUUACCGCGCACUUUGUCCUCACUCAUGCGCGCCCUGAGAAACUUCCCAGGAGGUCACCCAUCCCAAGACUACUCCCGAGCAAGCACACUUAACUUUGGAGUUCUUAGGUAAUGAGCUCCCUUAAAAGGAGAUGCACCUCUGUUGAUAUGAGUAGUACUAUUAAUCCGUUUAUAUUAAAUCGCAAGUGUUACAUCAUCAAUUGCCUGCCGCAGUGAGAUCAUUAGAUGGUCUUCCUCCCAGUCCCACCAACCUAAGCCAACUGUUGUUUGGGAUUCUGGGAUCAGAGAAGGCGUGGCACCACAGAAAGGCAUACGUCCAGUCAUGGUCCCAACUACUGGCAUCCUUCUACUCGACGAGCACCCCUCGCCCCAACUACUCCCCUGGUCCCCCUCCUCUCCACCUUUUAGGUAUGUACAUAUGUAAUUUCAAGGGUGAUUUCCCAAAGCACGGGAAAAUGUUACAUACUCCAGUCGGAAGUGGGAGAUCCGACUGGAGAUAGGGUUGGUUUAAUUCUUUACAAAACUCCAGUCGGAAGUGGGGAAUCCGACCACAGGUAAGAUUUAUUUUUAAAAAAUGGAAUCAUUUUUUUUAUUUGCACAUCCGACUAGAGUUUUUAUUUAUUUAUUUUAUAAUUGCUCAAUUGUUAUAUUUUGAAUAAAUAAUGUUUGUAAAUAAUUUCGAAAUAUGAUCACGAUUAAAAAAACGAAUAAUGAUCACAAAAAAUAAUUUCAAAUAAAAAAUUUCGAAAUCAAGCGGGUGAUUAUCUUUAUCUGAUUAAAUUUUAUCUGAUUAUAUUUAUUUGAUUAAAUUUAUCUGAUUAAAUUUAUUUGAUACAUUUAAUCGAAGCACUUUUUUCUUAAACACUACCAACUUUCACUAUUCAACACUUUUUUUUCAAAAUCACUUAAAAAAACACUUUAUUAAAGUAGAAGCAAUCGGAAACACUCUUUAAAUAUUGUGUCAAAAGUAGACUAAGUUAUUUUAACAUUAUAAAGUUUAAAUACAAGAAAAAACGGAGUUGAGAACUUCUCUCUAAAACUUCGGUCCUCCUAGGGCUCAGCCGCUAGGUUAAUUUUUCGAUUUCGGCCUUCGGCCGGUGAUCAGGUUUGUAGACGAGGAAGGUCAAGGUAGGCGGCGGGGAAGUAAGGCCAGGCAGCGAACUUUGGUUUCGAUAGGACCGAGGAAUUGCAUCGGAACAGGGAGAUCGCUGGCCGAAGGUUCCGGUGCAUGGAGGACAUAGUAGCAUCAUACAAAAGAAUGUCGAUGACAGAGCAGGGCAACGAGUUGAACUUCGACGAGGAACCUGACGAGGAAGCCAUGAUGGAGAGUGAACCGGUGGCUCAUCCGGUGGUCGCGGUGGUCAUCACAGACCGAAAGAUUAAACUACCUGGGUUUCAAAAAUUGAUGUCUUCCCCUUGGAAGCCAGGUAAAGGUAUGACUAUCAAAGAAAUCGGCAAACGAAGGUACUUGCUAAACUUUAAUCACGUUUUGGAUAUGAAUCGUGUGAUUGAGGAUGGUCAUUGGUUGUUUGAGCGUGAUAUAAUACUGCUAAAAGCUAUCCAACCGGAUGAUAUACCUGAAUCAAUGAAUUUAUUUGAAGCAAGUUUCUGGGUACAGGUGCAUAAUGCUCCUUUUAAGUAUAGGAAUAUGAGAUCUGCCAGGAAAAUUGGUAAUUUUUUAGGUUCUUUUAUUAAGUUUGAGAUGAGCCAGUUUGAGGGUAGGCAGAAUUCCUAUCUUUGGAUAAGGGUAUGUUUGGAUGUUCGUCAGCCCUUGCAAAAAGGUACAAAUUUGACACGGGAUGGGGUGAAGCACUGGGUAGAUUUCAAAUAUGAGAAGCUAACCAGUUUCUGCUUUAUUUGUGGUAUUAUUGGGCAUUCUGACAAGUUUUGUCCAUUAAAAUAUGAAGAGGGUUUUGUCGCUGAAAAAAUGUAUGGGGCGAGUCUCAGAGCAGGAGGAAGGGUAAAGACUAGCCCGACAGGAUUCUAUAAAUGGUUAUCUGAUGGAGCCUCUAGCUCAGAUGGGUAUGGAAGUCAGCGGAAGUCUGAUCUCGGUAGGGAGCAGACGGCCGAAUCCAAGAAUGAGGAAGAGGAAAAAGAGGAAGCCCAGGAGACACAAAAAGAAGGCGAAUUUGGGAAGACUCGGAUAAAGAAAAUGGUGAGGGUGAAGGCAUGGCUCUAGAUGGAUCAAAAAUGGGGCGGCGGCGGGUCAAGCUUUCUAGGCCCGCCGAGAUUCCGUGUUAUGGUGCUGGUGGUUAAGACCAAGGAUGGUGUUAUUUUCUUUUUUGUUCUGUUUGCUGUUUUUGGAAUUCAGUUGUUAUGUCUUAUUUUAUCUAUUUUAUGUUUUGUAAGAUUCUUGCAUUAGGUUGGGGUUGUGAAAGUUCUGCGGUAAUCGUCAUUGGCUCACAAUUGCCCAAUCUCGGUCUAGCGAGUUAUACUGCUUUUGUACAGGUGGUUAACUCUCAGUCUCGGCCACGAGCAGACGAUUACUUGCGGUUCUUUUAUUAUCUUGUGCCCUUUCUGAAUGCUACUUUCAUUGACAUGAAUUAAGCCACUUUCGAUAAAAAAAAAUUGUGUCAAAAAUCUAAUGUAAUGAUCUUUUAAAUACAAGUAUUAGGGAGACUUAAUUAUUAUUGUUUUUGACGUUUUAAUUAUAAGUCUUAUAACACUUAGAGCCCGUUUGGUAGCACGAAAAUUGACUGAUUUGUCUGAUUAGAUUUAUCUGAUUAAGAUUUAUAAGAUUAAAUUUAUCUGAUUAAGAUUUAUAAGAUUAAAAUUUAUCUGAUUAAAUUUAUCAUCAGAAAUUUGUUUGAUUAGAUUUAUCUGAUUAAGAUUUAUAAGAUUAAAAUUUAUCUGAUUAAAUUUAUCUGAAGAAAUUGAUCUAAUUGGAUUUAUCUGAUUAAAAUUGAACACAUAUAUAAAUAUUAUACUUUGACCCAAAUUUUUGGCUUUUAUUGUUCGGUCUUUAAUUUGUAAAAGAAAAAAAGAGGAUCUAACUAGUCGGAUAUACCAAUUCCGACGGGAGGAAAAACGAAUUAAGCAUUUACCAAUUCCGACAGGAGCUAUCCAACAAAAAUAUAACCCUAGCCCCUGGUCAGAACACCCAAUUCCGACUCCCGCAUUUUGGCGUGUUAGACCAAAAAGUCCCGUAUUUUGGUAAUUUCCUCUAAUUUCAAGCUAGCUAGCUAGCUAGCUAGCUAGGUUACUUCCCCUGAUAUUGUUCCUUCCAUAUAUGUUUAGUUGAUAAAAUAUAAAUAAACCAACAAUAAAUUAUAAUCAAUCCAAUAUGAGAUCAUUUUUUUGGUAUCAUGUCAGUCCCAAGCCAGGAUUAAAGAGGAGAGUAUUGUCGUAGGCGCGUGACAGCCAACAGUAUUACUUUGUCAUGGAUCGAAUUAUCCUAUAUAUAUAUAAACAUUAUUUUUAUCAUUUUAUUCUACCAUUUUUAGGUUUAUUCAUCGUUUUUUAUAUUAUCUUUUUCUAAUAGCUUAUCUUUUUUUAUCUUUAUUUUCUUUCUUUUCCUUUUGGUGGUGAUAUCAUGUAUCGAUUCAUGUUAGCCGAACACAAUAUCUUUUGGGACUAAGACCUACUUGGAUGUUGUUGUUGUUGUAUGAGACAAAAUUAGUAACACGCACUAAGAGAUAAAAUGGGACAUAGGGGACGGAGGCCUCGAGUAUUUUUCUUAUCCAAUAUACUCACUUCGUCCCAAAACUAUUUUCUUUUUUCGUCCGUCUCAGCAUGAAGUCUUUUUCCCCUUUUAGCAAAAAAUUGUGGUUCACAACGUUUAUCCCCACAUUCUCUCUUCUUAGCACAACUUUAGGCCACACUUUUCUCAUUUUCUUGAUCCGAGUGAAAGUUUUUUUCAACCCUAGCCUCUAGUAUGCAUCAAAUUUUGCGGAUUUUUACGUUUAGUUAGUGCUGAUUUUUCAGAAUUGAAGUCAUAACUUUUUAAUUAUUCGUAAUGAGUUACGAGGGCCAUAAUAUGUCAAAUCGAAGAUAUUUCAAGACUCUAUGUUCUCAAACUUUCAGCGGGGUUGGAUGAACUCAAGGUUGAAGAUGUUAGAAAAAUGAUAUUAAAAUGCGAGUUUAUAUAACCAGAUAAAAAUCCCGAGUUUAAAUCAAAUCACCAGACAAACCGCCAAAUGCAAGAACAAUAAUAAUAAUAAUUAGAAUAAAUUAAAAUGAAUAAAGAGAAAAGAUAAGAAAGCUUAUCGCAGGAUCGCCCGUUAAGACGGAUUGGCCUUGAAGAAAGAUAGCCCCGUAUCCCGAUAGCUAUUCGGGCGGGUCUGGCUAGCUCGCUCCCAGGAUAAUCCUACUCCGUUUCAGACUUGUAGCUACCUUGACUGAAACCUUCGACCGUUGCCCAAUAUGUCGUUGACUCGUUAAGAAGAUGAUAACCUUUUGGAACAAAACUAUGGUUUCAAAUGCUCUCGCACAAGCCAGAUAUUUCACUCACUCGUACGUAGAAUAUAUCAGCCGAAGAAGAAAUAGAGUAAGGCUAUUUCCUCGGUUAUACGUUAUCACAAAUAAAUGAUGGGAAUUGAAGAGGAAUAUUAAAAAG